GAAAAAAGGGCGGUGUACAUAUCUGUGCAUUUGUCCAUCUGUGAAUUGCGCCUUGGCAGAAAAACGCAUUUGUAAAGAAGCGCGUUUGUGAAGAAGCGCGUUUGUGAAGAAGCGCGUUUUCAUGUUGCCUUUUUGUUUGUGUUUGCUUCGUUUCACCUGCAGUCAAUCUGAAACGAAACUACAUGCCUGUUAUCUUCACUUUAUUUGCUUCUUUGUCGCCAUUUUUACACCUGCCCGUUUGCGCGUUUUCAUUUUCACAUUUUUACAUUUUUUCAUCUUCGCAUUUUUUCAAUUUCCCCUUUUUUCACGCUCGGGUUUUUCACCGGUUGCCUUUUUCGCCUUUGCCCCCUUGGGUGCCGCCCUUCAGGGAGCGCGCAAGAUUGAGGCUAUUUGUGCGGCCAGUUCGCGGCCAACUUGUGCCCAUUUGUGCCCAUUUGUGCGGCCCAAUUUGCGGCCAUUUGUGCGGCCCCUUUUCGCGGAAUUCGUUUCGCCGCUCAUUCGAAGCAUUUGUCUGUGAUCACUCGUGUGAAGCGUGUAGCCAUGUGCAGACAUGCGUAUGCAUGCCCCUUCGCGUGUGUACGUGUGCGUAUGCCCUGCUGCACGCGCGCCCCUGUCGAGUGAAAAAAACCAUGGGGCACGUUCUUCCCCAGAGUUGUGGCAACCCUGCGAGUGCAAGUAAAAAUAUAUAGCUGCACAGUGGGACGCUCUUUUUCUCGCGAGCCCCAUCGUUUGCUCGUCGAUCUGCCCAGCUACCUGGCCACUUGCUCACCGAUCUGCACAUUUGUAUUAGUUUACCUGUCAAUUGUUAAUGUUUGUCAAAUCGUUUCAACGCAUGUCAACGCGGUUCAAUCCAUGCCGACUCGUUCCAACGCGUGCCACCACGCUGACCACUCCGAGGACUCCCCAAGAUGAACCAAGCGCGAAGUUUUAAACGCAAAGCCCCAGGCAACUGCGUGGGACCGCUCACAUCGUGCCCACAGCGCGACCACCGGGACCAAGGUGAUGAAGGGGGGAGACUCAAAAGAGAAAAAAGAGAAAAAAUAAAAAACAUCUGCAAAAGGAUAAACCGCCUCAAAAGAACAGUGUGCAGCUCCACCAACUACUUCAAGUGUGUGGAAAUUUUAUUUCACAAGGCGGGAACGAAAUGUGUUGUCCCCAAGAGGAGGAGGAAGCCUGUCAAGCGUGGGGAACGGCCUGUUUGCGCCUCCGUAGAGAGGGGCAUAUUUUUCAGGGGCAAAAUUAACCACCUGGAGUUCUUUGACACUCCGAAGUUGUGCGCCUUUUUUGAGAAGCACGCGGCGGAGGUGGUCCGGGGGGCGGCCCACACGGGAGGGCCAGCGGAGGGACAAGAGGAAGACCACUUAGCAACCCACUUCGUAACCCACAAAGAUACUUCAACCAAUGGAGACGAACUCGUUUGCCACUUAGGAAAACCCCAAUCGCUAGCGAACCGAUCGCCAAGCGGAGGGGGAGGAGGCCCCUUCCAGACGGCCCGACUCCCCGGGAAGGAUGCAAAUUGGCGUAACCACGAGUGGGAGGAAGUCGUAAGCAAUGCGAGCAGCUUGCAGACUGCCAAUUGUGCGCAGCACCCCAGAUGGGUGAAUGCUGGUGAGCUCACCGGAGAGGGCUUCACCAACGAGGGAAAGACAAAAGGAGACAACGCCCCGCAGGAUAACAAAAGGAAGAACAAGCAAGUGGACGACUCAGGCGAUUAUUCCUGCGUCAGCAAGCGGAUGAAGUUAGGCGAAUGCGAAAGGGACGCGAGGGUAAGUAGUAUGCCAACUGAUUAUGCCAGCCGAGUGGCCCCCAAUGAGAGCCUCCAACAGAGGAGCACAACCGGGGGAGAACACCCCGCCAGAAAAAAAAUUCUAAUGCUUAAAGUCUCCAGCAUUGUGUUCAACCAUGGGAAGGGGAAAGGAUGUCGUUUGAAACGCGGGGAGGGUGCAACGAAGAAAGGGAGCCAACUCAGCAGACUCGAAGAGACUCUCCAGGGAGGAAAGCCCAACCAGAGUGAUGACGGUGUUGCAAAACAGGAAUUGGCCAGGAACUUCUUUACAGAUGAGGAUGAGGUGGAGGAAGAACUCCAAAUGAAGGAAGACGCUCAAUUCGUUCACAAUUUAUUUUGGGCUUUGACUGUCCAUAUGAACUCUCUCUUUAGCAUGUGCACCCAGCUGCUCCGCUAUAAUUUUUCUAAUCUAAGUUUCGAGCAGAAGGAGCUUUCCAGCCAGUCGAAGAGGCUCAUUAGACUCAUAAGUGAUUACCAGAAGGAGGAGGGCUUCGCCAUCCGCUUCGCGAAGUGUGUUUUGCGCGUUUGCCGUGGGGGCACGCCCUUGGGGAGGGGGCCCAACGAGGGGGGUUCCCAAAGUGGCUCCCAGUGUGGUUCUGAGCGAGCUUCUAAGGGAGCUUCUAAGGGAGCUUCUCAGUCAGCUUCUCAGUCAGCUUCUCAGUCAGCUUCUCAGUCAGCUUCUCAACGUGCUUCUCAACCCCCCCGCGGAGGAGCCCCAACCCACUUCUACAUGACGACCCUGAAGGAGCUACUCAAAACGCUCCUCAAAUGGGAACGAGAGGACGAGGACAUCCGCAUCAUGUUCACCCAGAAAAAAGGGGACAGCCAAUCAAACACAUUUAAAAUGGAAAUUGCGAAUCACCAGAUGGUAAAGAAAAACUUCUAUGUGAGGAAAAUCUACUUUUGCAAAUACAACGGGGAGCUGUUGGCCAUUUUGAAGAGACUCUCCAAUUUGCGUUGGCAACCCAAUUGGGGUUCCACUGAGGGGGAGGAGAAUGAAACGGAGGGGCUUCAAAUAGGAGUGGGUACAUUCUCGGGGGAGGCAGCAAAUGAAGUAGCUCUAAACCGUGUGAGUCUAUACCAGAGGUGCUUUUCCCCCCUGUGGAAGACCACAAAAGGGGAGACAACCGCAGAGAAAGCACCUCAGGUAGGAUGCAAAACUGUAGAAAAUGUCCACUCGAGUGAUGACUCCUUUGGGGAGGGAGGAGGAGACAACACCCCAUUGGAGGGCUUCCCAAAUAGGCAAACCAACCUCACCGCGAAUCACAUGAGCGUCAUCCUCAGUCUAAACGAAAUGCUAGCGAACGAAAUUAGGUGCACUGAAGAUUUGAGGACUCGUGCGAAGAGGGAAGAAGAGCAAACGGAGGGUCUGCUGUGGGAGGUGAAGCGAUUGCAAGGGAUUUUAAGUGGGUUAAGCGGGUUAAGCGGAUUAAGGAGGAGUGACACCCAUGUGGAGAACUUCCGAACCAGUGAAGGGGUGCUAUACAAAGCGGUGCAAAUGGAAAGAAGCCCAGAGUACUUCUCGCACCGGGAUGGAAAAGACAUGCACCUAAUGUGGCAGGCAACUCUCGACGAGAAUGAAGUUGACCCAUCCAUCUGCAGAAGGAACACCCAACUGUUUAACGUAACGAAUGGUGCUCAUGAGAUAGGGGGAAAUCCCCCUUCUUACCCUUCAGCGGAGGGGGAGAAAUGUCUGCACCGCUUCUACCACCUAGAUGACUCCACAACGGGAGAUGUAACUAGAGAGCUGCCUAACGAAGAAGGUGAUGGGAAUAUAUGUAGGGUGAGACACAUGAUAGGGAAAAUUUUCGAUCAGCUGGUGAAGUCCCACGUGAGUGCUUCCCAUCUGUGUGGUGAAGCUGCUACAUCUAAAGUAGAUGCAGAGCAGAAAGAGGAACAUCUGAAGGGACCGCCCCACGAACCCAUUGAAGGAAUAAAGCAACUUAUGGAAGAAUUAGACACGGUGAAGAAGGAAAAUUCUCAGUUUGGGGAAUUCCUGGAGAGAGAAAAAAGGCUAGCCUCCCAACUGGGUCUGGAAGUAGAGAGGCAGAAGGAAGCUCUGAUGGAGAUGCAGCUGCAGCUGGAGAGCGAACGGAAGAGGAACGAGGAACUGAGGGUGCAGGUCGAGAGGGAAGAGUUAGUCAACGACGCGCUGUUUUCGCAGAUGGAGGAGCAAAAGGGGAGAAGUGACUCCUUAGAGGCGGAGCUAGCAGAAGAAAGGGAGAAAACCGCCUCGAUGGAGGCAGAGCUGAAGGGGCAGAAGGAAAGAACUGCCGCACUGGAGGGGGAGAAGAAAAGAGGUGAUUCAUUAGAGGCAGAGCUAGCGGAAGAAAGGGAGAAAAUCGCCUCACUGUCGGCCGAUCUAGAGGAAGAAAAGGAAAAAUGCUGUUCGUUGGAGACAGAGCUGGUGAAAGAGAGAGACAGCCGCGCAUCGUUGGAGGAGGAGCUGGCGAAAGAGAAAGACAGUCGCGCAUCGUUGGAGGAGGAGCUGGUGAAAGAGAAAGACAGCCGCGCAUCGUUGGAGGAGGAGCUGUCGGGGGAGAGGGAGAGAGUCGCGUCGCUGGAGAGGGAGAGAACCGCUUCCCUGGAGAGAGCCGCUUCCCUGGAGCGAGCCGCUUCCCUGGAGGAGCGCCAAGUGAGCGACUGCUUGAGAGCAGAGCUGAAAAAGGAAAAGGAGAUAAUCAGCGGCAUUAACGAAGAGCUACAAGCCGAAAAGGAAGCCAGCGCAUUGGUCUGCGCGCAGAUGGAGAGGCAGAGGGAGCAGCUAACACAGCAGGGGGAGGAGAUGGCCAAGUUGAGGGAGCAGCUAACACAGCAGUUGGGGGAGAUGGCAAAGUUGAGGCAACAGGGGGAGGAGCUGAAGGAGAGAAGUGGUGACCCUUUGAAGGUGGAGAAAGAGGCACCCUCUGAAAUGAACAUCCCAAAAGAGACCAAUAACAAAUUGGGAGAAGAAGGAACGAAGAAACUCAGUGAGAAACAGAAACUCGCACGGGCAGAUCUGUCCGAACACGCGAUGAUGUAUGGAGAGCUAUACGACGAGUUUGUAGAAAGAAUGGCGGAGAAGGAAGCGCUCGAAAAAGAAAAUGAAGUGAUGAUGAGUCAUUUUAAUGGGAAGAUAGCAACGCUGGUGGAGCAAGCCAAGUACUUCGGCGAGAAGAUAACUCACUACAAAGGUUUGUGCAAAUCGCACGAAAGGAUUGGCAUUCAUGUGGGUCUAUGCGUUCAAAGGAUGGAGGAGGUGAUAAGAGGGAUUGAGAUGUGUAGCGACUUGGGGGAGGUCAACUGGGGGGAGCAGCUAGCCAGCAUUAAGAAGGUUGCAAAGGAUAUGAGGGACGCAUACAAAGGGGUGGCAGUGGAGGCGGCCGAGGCAGUGGAGACCGUCGAGACGGUCGGGGUGGAUGCCCUCCUCCUGGACGAAGUCAUAACGGAAAGGAACCUUCUGUUGGAGAGGAUUCUACACCUGGAGAGUGAAAAGGGGAAUCGGCCGGAGGGGACAACAGAUAGGGGAGAGGCACUCCAUUGGAAGGACCCCCCAAACGAGGAAAUGGCAAAAUAUAUGGAAGAGAUGAGCUUCAAGUCGGUGAGCGAUCUCUUUUCGUUUCAUUUAAACAUCAUCAGCGAGCUGAGUGUUACGAAGAACUGUUACAUCCAGCUGGUGGAGGAGAGCCUAAUGAAGGGGAGGGAGUACCAGAAUGACAUCGCGCGGCUGAAGAGGCUGGUGAAGGAGAGGGAGCGCGAAGUUGGCGUCUCCGAUGAGAACUGCAAGUCUCUUCUGCUGGAGGUGGAAAACUUGAAGUUCAUUCUGAAUGACUUGUUCACCUGCGGGGGGGGGCGCCUGCGCGCCACGCAGGGGGUAGCGGCGAGUGAGGCAGCGGAGGGGGUAGCGGUGAGUGAGAUAGCUGACGAGAUAGCGGGGGAGAGAGCGAAUGAAACAGCUGAGGAGAGAGCGGAUGAAACAGCGGAGGGUAUAGCGGAGGAGGACCCGCCUGUCUCUCCUCUGGGGGAGUCCAUCGCCGCCCAGGAGGCGUCUUCCGUGGCGGCCGCGGAGGAGGCAGCCCCCCCGGGGGACGCCCUAUCUUCGGUGGCCUCGAAAUCCGCCAACGACAGCUCCCUGCAGAGCAACCCCCUAUCGGUGGACAGCCAAAUUUCGAGAAACGCCCGCAGCAGCAACGCAGCGGCGACUCCGAAGGGGAGGAGGACAGCGGCUAGGAGUCGAAGCGGUAGGGGGAAAAAUGCCACGAGAAAAGGGGCGAACAGAGGCAAUGACACAGGAGUGAACAGCGGCAAUGAUACAGGAGCGAACAGCGGCAAGAGCCGAAGUAGGAGUGAAAACAAAAGCAGCCGAGGCAGCAAGAGCAGAGGUGGCAGCAAAAGCAUUCAAUCGGAAAGGGCCAGCGUGGGAGGCGACUUGUUCCUAAACGGUAGUGUGCCCGAGGAGGGGGGCAGGAAGUACCAGCUCAGGAGCACCAACAGGAGGAAGUGA